AUGGCUUUCUACAACCCAGAAGUUGAGACAACUCUAAUGGUCGAUGGCUCACCAUAUGGUUUGGGUGCAAAUUUGGUUCAAAAACAAAAUGAUGGACAUUUAAGACCUGUAGCAUAUGCAAGCAGAACACUAAAUGAUGUUGAAAGGCGUUACAGUCAAAUUGAAAGAGAAUGCUUAGCAGUAACUUGGGGAAUAGAAAAGUUUCACACUUAUCUGUAUGGAUUAACCUUUAAAGUAAUUACAGACCAUAAACCGCUAGUCAACAUUUUCAAGCCAACACACAAACCUCCAGCUAGACUAGAAAGAAUGCUUCUUAGACUACAAAGUUACAAAUUCAACAUUGAAUUUCAAUCAGGAGCAUUAAACCCAGCUGACAUCCUCUUAAGGUCAACGUAUAGUCAAGAAAAAUGUGAGAUAUCAAAUAUCACAGAAGGUUACAUGGAUUAUGUGUGCGAAAAUGCCGUGCCAAUGGCUAUGACCUUAGAUCAAAUUGAUAAAGAGACAUCUCAGGACAAAUUCAUUCAAGAACUUAUCAAGUGCAUUCAGCAUAAAAAAUGGCUGAAAAAUCAAGAUUUCAAGAUUUUCUACAAGUUACGCAAUGAACUGUCGGUACAUAAUAACAUUGUGUUACGGGGAAACAGAAUUGUAAUUCCACAGGGACUUAGGCCAAAAGUAUUACAAAUAGCACAUGAAACACAUCAAGGCAUAGUGAAAACAAAGCAAAUGCUAAGAGAAAAAAUUUAUUGGCCUGGCAUUGACAACGAAAUUGAAAUGCUGAUUAAAACGUGCUUCCAGUGCCAGCUAGUAUCAAACCCGCCACGACAACUUCCUAUCACACCAACCGAAUUACCAGAAACACCCUGGCAAACCGUUGGGGUGGAUUUAACAGGACCGUUCCCAGGGGGAGAAUAUAUUCUUGUAGUAAUAGAUUACUACUCUCGUUAUCCAGAAGUUGAAAUCAUGAAAUCAAUCACUUCAAGAUUUAUCAUUCAAAGACUAAUGAAAAUAUUCGCCACACAUGGACUUCCGUCAGUGAUUAAAACGGACAAUGGACCAAACAUGGUAUCUCAAGAAAUCACAAACUUCUUCACUGCAAACGGAAUAAAACACCAACGUGUUACGCCUUAUUAUCCACAAGCAGCAGGAUUGGGAUUUUGA